GGUCGGAGCUGCGGCGGGGCCUGGGCGGCCUGGGCAGCGCGGACCCUGGUUCUCGGCUCCCGGCGCCAUGUGAGGGGGUGCGGGGGCCGCGGGGGCCGGGCGCUCCCCGGCGGAGAUGAGGAAACUGAGGCUCAGAGAGGUCACAUGGCUUGCUCGAGGCCCCCCAGCCAGUAAGUGUGGACCCGACAUUCGCACUGGCACCUGAUAUGCUGUUCUGACCAUGGCCUUCUCAGAGCAGGACCGUGACGGGGCUGACCAGGGGGACCGUGGUCCUGGCUGAGGGCACUGCUCAGGCAAAGGUGUGACCCCACAACCUUGCCCCCUGGGCCACCUGCAGGACGCUGGCCUCUACCCCUCAGCAGACGCCGGAGAGAGAUGAGUAGCAACAAAGAGCAGCGGUCAGCAGUGUUUGUGGUCCUCUUUGCCCUCAUCACCAUCCUCAUCCUCUACAGCUCCAACAGUGCCAACGAGGUCUUCCACUACGGCUCCCUGCGGGGCCGGACGCGUCGGCCUGUUAACCUCAAGAAGUGGAGUUUCUCCAACGCCUACUUCCCCAUCCUCGGCAACAAGACGCUGCCUUCCCGGUGCAACCAGUGUGUGAUUAUCACCAGCUCCAGCCACCUGCUGGGCACCAAACUGGGCCCUGAGAUUGAGCGGGCAGAGUGCACUAUCCGCAUGAACGAUGCGCCCACCACUGGCUACUCGGCCGACGUUGGCAACAAAACCACCUUCCGCGUAGUGGCGCAUUCCAGUGUGUUCCGUGUGCUGCGGAAGCCCCAGGAGUUUGUUAACCGGACCCCUGAAACUGUGUUCAUCUUCUGGGGCCCCCCAAACAAGAUGCAGAAGCCCCAGGGCAGCCUCCUGCGCGUCAUCCAGCGGGCAGGCCAGGCGUUCCCUAACCUGGAGGCCUAUGCCGUCUCUCCCACCCGCAUGCAGCAGUUUGACGACCUCUUCCGGGGUGAGACGGGCAAGGACAGGGAGAAGUCCCAUUCCUGGUUGAGCACGGGCUGGUUUACCAUGGUGAUUGCGGUGGAGUUGUGUGACCACGUGCACGUGUAUGGCAUGGUCCCUCCCGACUACUGCAGCAGCCCCGCCUGCAGCGCAUGCCAUACCACUACUAUGAGCCCAAGGGGCCUGAUGAGUGUGUCACCUACAUCCAGAAUGAGCACAGCCGUAAGGGCAACCACCACCGCUUCAUCACCGAGAAGAGGGUCUUCUCAUCCUGGGCCCAGCUCUAUGGCAUCACCUUCUCCCACCCCUCCUGGACCUAGCCAUCCUGUCCAUGGACCUCAGACAGAUACGGGAGAAGUGGCUCUGGGCCCAACCAUUCGACCGUGGCCAUCUUCCAGCCAGUUCAGGCUGGCUGGAGUAUUUCUCGGUCAGUCAAACGGGGGCCUUGAUGAGGGUUUUUCCUCCAGCCAAUUAGGGCUGGAGUUAUCUGUUGGCCAAUCAGGGAUUUGGAAUUCUGUAUGGUUUAAUCGGGUGUCGGGGUCUUUCUUAUCUAGUCAGGGUCUGAGCAUAGUCUAUCAGGGUAUAGGGGUCUUUCUGAGUAAGUCUGAAGCUUAGGACAUGUCCUUUCCCAUAAGGCCUUGCUUCAGAGCCCCAGGAAUGGGCUCUAAAUCACUCCCUCCUUAGCUGGAACAAUGGGCUCCUGCCCCAAGGAUCUGGGGACUGGUGUUGCCCCACAGUUGCCAGAAUCACAGAUGCUGUAUGGGGUAAGGAGCUGCCAGGAGGUCGGGCCAGAGAAUUUGUGGAGUUCUAGAAUUGGUAGUAUGGCCUAGGAGGUAGGAGGCGGGUGUCCAGUUCUUGGCAUCCUCCAGAGGGACCUUGGACAGGCCCUCUUCUCUUCCUGGCAUGCAGUGAUGACAUCACAUUCCCAUGUGCAGACAGAGACCCUCACUCUCCAUUGUGCUUAAGUGUAAAUUCCCCCAGCUGCCAUUUCCCGACGGGGGACUCCACUUCCUGAGGAGUAGGGAGCCUGGGGAGCCCUUCCCCACCUCCUUCUAGAAACUUUAGGGUAUUUUUUUGUGCAGAUGCCCCUGUGGUUGGGGAGCUCUGACAGAAGUGGGACAAACAGGAAGCCUUUUCCUGAGCCCCUCCCCUCGGUCCAGCUGCCAUUAGCCUGGCUCUAGAAAGGCCAGAUAUCUCUGCCCCUCCCCCCAGGAGGAGAGCAUUCCCUGCUGCCCAAGGAGCCUUUGGGGCAGAGGAAGGGGUAUGCCAGCCUCACCAGGGCCCCUGGCAAUCUUUGUCUGGAGAGGCUUCGGGCUUCGGGGAGAAGAGUCCUCCCCAAGUCUGAGAUGAGACUAGAGAGAUGGGAGCUGGGUAACCUGGGUUCUGUCUCUUGUUCAAGCACUUUAUUAAGGUUGGGGCUAGGUGGGCGGUAGGUAAUGGCCAUGAGGAGGCUGAGGAGUGGGAGGAGACUGGCCAGCUGUGAGCCCCUGCACACUGAGGUAAUGGGGGCAUCGGCAGCCCCAGAUGUGGUUUUGUAAUGAUUUAUACAGAAAUAAACACACCUAAGCCCCGGCUCA